CAGCUGAGCUUCAGGCUGCUCAGAGAACAGAAACAGGAAACUUGUACCUACUGUACUUGUUUUGCCACAACUUUCGUAUGAACUAAUUCUUGAAUCUUAAUGUACCCACACGCGGCGUGAGGGGAUAUAUGAUUUGCGGUUGCAGUUGUUCUACCUGAGUUCAACAGGAGAUGGCACUGCCAAGCCAGAAGACUGAGCUAGUUUGUGGCACGAGCUUGGAGAAAUGGGAGUUAGUUGGCUCUGGGGGAUUCGGCCAUGUCUACAAGACCAGGCAUAAGGACUGGGGAUUUGAUGUGGCCAUAAAGAUACUUAACGAGGGUGUUUGUCCUUUUAACAGUUACCUACCUCAUUCCAGCUCCUUCACUAAACUGUGUGAUGAAGCUAAUCAUAUGGAUAAGGCUUCCUGUGAGUUUGUGUUGAGGCGCUAUGGAACUUAUCAGGGAUAUCCGCCUGGUAAUACAACAUCUGUGCAACAUGGAAUAGUGAUGGAGUUCAUGGGAAGAGGAUCUGUUCAGUCCCUGCAGGAAGAAGUCUCUGGCCCUCUACCGUGGCCCCUGGCCUUCCGCUUAGCCCAUCAAGUGGCUCUAGGCAUGACCUUCCUCCAUUCAAAGAACCUUAUGCACGGCGACCUAAAGCCAAGUAAUGUACUGCUGACUAUGGACCUUAAUGCCAAGCUAGCAGACUUUGGUCUGUCCAGAGUUUCCACCAGUGCUUUAAACAGCAACAGAGAAACAACAGGGGAGAUUGGAGGCUCAUACAAGUACAUGCCUCCCGAGGCUUUUAAAGCAUCAUAUGAACCUGUCCGUGCCUUUGACAGAUACAGCUAUGGUAUCCUGCUCUGGUCCAUUCUUAGGGGUAAAGAGCCCUAUCCAACGGCUAGUUAUGCUCUUGUGGAACUGAGGAUCCCUGAAGGGGACAGACCUUGCUGUGAGGAAAUUGACAAGAUGAAGCUGAUGGUUGAUGGGUUGGAAGAACUGGUUGACCUCAUGAAGAGGUGCUGGGAUGGAAGUCCUUUCAAGAGGCCUACCUUUCAAGGCUGCCUUGAAGUAACUGAGAACGUCUUAACAAAGCACGAGAAGGGAAUUCAUAAGGCGGUCCUUGACGUCUCGACAAGACUGGAGUCACCAAACAGUAAUCAACCAAGCUGGGCAUUCAACGUUCCUCUUCAGACACCAGAACAGUCAGAGUCAAAUGAUACUGUUGAUAAUAAAAUGAUACUUACAAAAACGAAAAGGUCUUCAACACAGAACUCUGUCAGUGUUUCUACUAAAAUAAUGAGUGAUGAAGAUAAAGCAAAGUUUGUCGAAAACAACAGGGCCGAGUUGAUUCAACGCGUUAUCGAGGUAAUGGCAAUAACAGAGGAGCUUGGAGACAUGGUCAACCCUGAAGCCUACUCGUGUGUUGAAGCUAAGGCGACAACGCAGGCUCAAAUGAGAGUGCUUUACAGUGGGCCAAUUCGUUCAGGAGGGGUAGUGGUCAAAGCAGCCUUCUACAACGCCCUCAAAAAACAUCAUCCCGAACUAGUGAAGAGGCUAGGUGGCUAAUUUUAAGGAACUUGUGGCCUUCCUGCAUUUUCUGCAGGUGAAAAACUUUCUUGCCUCUCCCGCUGCGGUUUCAUCUUUUAUGAAAAAAAUCAUAUAUUUGAUUCCUUUGUAUAAAGUCAAGUGUGUAUAUCAUUUGUUGAGAUGUUUUUGAUAUUUCACUAAUAAACAUAUUGUUUCAGAAAAGAAAGAAAA